AUGGCUUCAUCUGCCGAGAAUACAACACCAUCAAAUAAUGGUACUACACCAGAAGUCAGUGAAGAAGCAAAAUUGAGAGCUAAAUAUGGUGGCGCACUUCCUCGACAACAAAAUAUGUUAACAAAAAAAUUAAUGAAUAAGCCGAAGUAUUUUGACUCUGGUGAUUAUAAUGUUGCGAAAGCACAAGGCAAAUUAGUUUCAAGUAAACCAGAUCCAACAAAUAGAACAACUAGUAUUCAAGAAGCAGCAUCACCAAUUGUACCGGACACAAUAACUGGUCAUGAAAUUCCAACACCAGAAACAGUUAUGCCAAGAAAACUAUCAUGUGCUGCAACAAUAACACCGACGUCAACACCAACAAUAGCCAGUAGUUCUAUGCCACCACCAUCGACACAAUAA